UUAGUAUUCAUUUUUUUGUAUAUUUAUGGUGGGCCCAUAAACAUUUCAAUUGUAAUGGCCAACGGAGUUCUUAAAGGUUACACGCGCUCUGCCACAGCAGCAACUUGUGAAAUUUCUAAUUUGGUAACAUUCACCAAAUGUUCAAUUGCAUAACAAAAUUGUGGCACAGUUUAUAAAAUACAUUUCCAAAGCAUUUCUUUUGUACGCAAUAAAUAAAGUUGGGACUUCGAUUACAUUUAAAUAAAUCAAUCGUUGCUGGAUUCUCAGAAAUCACAACAACAAAAAACAUUCUUCGUUGGAAAAUAAAUGCGGUUCAUUGCCAUUCACACUCUCUCGCUCUCGUUCUCCGUUUGAAACGUUCUCCAAUCAGACGUUUUCUUAUUGCCCGCCAAUUAAGCCACGCUCGAAAUUGCCAAGCAAUUAAUGCCCAGUAUUUGUGUAAGCGCAUCCCACUGUAAAGAGUGCUCUGCUCUCCCAUAUAACACACAAUCUAAUCUACGCAUCGGCAUAUUGAUCAUAAAUUAAUAAGGUAAAUCCAGUUAUAAUAACCGUGCGUAAUUGCAACACCCGGCAUGUCGUCUGGGACCAAAAAUAAUGGCCACUCUGGAGCAGUUUACGCCGUGCUCUCGACGCCGAACGACGCCGGAUUUGGAACGCGCCAGUUCGACAGAUGCGCCAACGACGAGCCGAGCGAGCUGAGUGCAUUCUUCAGGAGAGGCUCACGUCACAUCAUUGCCAACAACAAGAUGGAGAUUAAAGCCGCAGGCAAUGCGUUCAAGAACCGCAAUUGGAUCGUCGAUUUGCUGGCCAUAUUCUUUGGCAUCGGCACUUGGUUGGGCGUCAAUGGCAGUUUUAUUCAGCUGCCGUUGCUGGUGAACGAGGCGCCCGAAGGCUGGAGUCUGCCGUCGUAUCUCAGCGUCAUGGUGCAAUUGGGAAAUCUCGGACCACUGCUUUACACUGCCUUUCAAAAGUACUCACCCUGGAAGCUCAACGAUGGCUGGACCAUCCACGCAGUGCUCGCUAUUGGCACGCUCACCUGCAUCUUCACUGCCUUCUUCUACAACAAAACAGCCACGAUCAUGGGCAACGAACACAGCGUCGCGCUCUUUAUCCUGACCAUCUUCACGGCGGUCAAUGCAUGCACAAGUUCGGUGCUCUUCAUGCCCUACAUGGGUCGCUUUAAGGAGCAGUACAUGGUCACCUAUUUCAUUGGCGAGGGCUUGAGUGGCCUGCUGCCCAGUGUGACGGCUCUCAUCCAAGGCAUUGGCAACACGGGCAGCUGUGUGCUGGUGAAUGUGACCGAAACAGGAGAGGAAAUUUACGAGCAGGAAACGCAGCCGCCGCUCUUCGACACCAAGGUGUUCUUCCUUAUCUUAUUUGGUCUGAUGGUGCUCAGCUAUAUUGGCUACACGCUGCUCCAUGCGCUGCCCUUGUCGAAGCGAGAAUACGCUCAGGUGACUGUGAGCAAGGGCAAUAAGUACGAGUAUGGACAGGAUGAUAAUCAGCCCACCAAAGUGGAGAAACUAAGUAGGGGGCAAUACAUUGGCAUGCUGCUGUUGAUGGGCGCGAUCUCGUUGUUCAGCAAUGGCAUGUUUGGCAGCAUUCAAUCCUACUCGAGUGCUCCAUAUGGCACAAGGGCGUAUCAUCUGUCGGCCACGCUGAGUGUGAUUGCCAAUCCGGUGGCCUGUUUCUUGGCCAUGUUCCUGCAUUUCACAUCACUGCGCGUGAUCUAUGUGCUCUCCACGCUCGCUGCAAUCCUCACCGGCUAUGUGUUUACCACCGCUGUGCUGAGUCCCUAUCCGCCACUCUAUGAUCAAACAAUUGGCAUGGUCUUGGUCGUGACAGCUUGGACUCUGGUGCUGGGCAUUGUUAGCUACACGAAGCUGGGCAUCACCACGGUUAUGCGUGCUCAGGGCGGACAAUCCUUGGUCUGGGUGGGCGCCAUUACGCAGCUGGGUUCAGCCAUUGGCGCCGUCUCCAUAUUCUUUGCAAUUAACUACACACGAUACUUUGUGGCCGCAGAUACGUCUUGUUGACACACACACGUGAUUUUUAU